AUGCCUACUUUGACUGGGGAGGCAAAUACUGCCGUGGCGAGUAGCUCUAAAGAUGUCGAAGAGCACUGGAAUAAUUGGCCCAACGAGAAGGGUUUUGACCCCGAGUAUGAGCAACGUACCCCGGUAGAACUUCAAGUUACGGGCCAUUUUCCUGCAUAUGCUGCCGGAACACUGUAUCGCACAGGUCCGGGCAAGAGCCAAGUUCAAACGGAUGAAGGCUAUCUCUUGCAGGUCUCGCAUUGGUUUGAUGGCUUCAGUCAAACCCACCGAUUCCAAAUCAUCGCCCCUGAUGAUUCCGAAUCACCACUUCGAGUCCUUUAUAACUCUCGAUUUUCGACGGAUCAGCUUCUUGAACACGUUCGGAAGACAGGUUCCAGGAAUACGCGCUCAUUUGGCCAGAAGCGUGAUCCAUGCAAGGCUUUGUAUGGCAAAGUCCAAAGCGAAUUCGUUCCUGCUGAGGGCCCAGCAAUGUCAAAUGUCGGCGUUACCCUCUCGGUCAAUAUGCCAGGUCUUGAUAAGCAAGGUGAAGAAUCUUUCGAUCGCUGGUCCGGUCCCAAGGGAAUUCGAAACUUAUAUGCGAAGACCGAUCACAACGAGUUCAAGAAGCUAGACCCAGAAACCCUGGAACCAAUUGGUCGAGCUUCACAAAAGGACUUUCAUCCUGAGUUGGCUGGGCCACUCGUCGCAUCACAUCCGCGCUCUGAUCCCUUGACGGGGGAUGUGUUCAAUUUCAACCUCACAAUCGGGGCGUCUUCUACAUACCGUAUCUUUCAAGUUUCAGCAAGCACAGGGAGAACCUCCAUCCUCGCGACAUUUCCUGGGAUUCCAGCAUAUAUUCAUUCCCUUCUCCUUACUGAAGACUUUGUGGUUCUUUGCAUCUGGAAUUCUCAUGUGAAUCCCUUGAAGGCCGGCAAUGGGGUCUUUAUGGAAUCCAUCAUGCCUACUAACCCUACGCAGCCCGCCACAUGGUACGUGAUUGAUCGUAAGCAUGGCCAAGGCCUAGUCGCAACAUAUGAGAGUCCUGCUUUCUUCUCUUUCCACACGAUCAACGCCUGGCAAGAACCGUCCCCGGAAGAUCCAUCCAAGGUAGACAUCGUUGCGGAACUUGUCAGAAAGGACUCUUCUGUAGUAAUCGAACUCCUCAACUACGAAUUCCUCAAGUCUUCGCUCUCAACGGCCAAAGAGCAUAUCACCAACAGAGGCGAAAAUAUGCAAUCCACAAUAACGCGUUUCCGUCUUCCGACUCUUCCAUUAACGCCGACGGCUAAGCCCCAGAGGGCUAUCAUUGAAUGGUCUUCUUGCAUCGAGCUCUCUCCCGAGUUGCCGACAAUGAAUCCUAGCUUCGGUACUAAGAGACAUCGAUAUGUUUACGCCACCACUUCUCGUGGGGAGGCUACCUUCAUGGAUGGACUUGUGAAGUUCGACUCCGACAAGCAGGAAUCAUGGCUGUGGACGCGCCAUGGCCACACCCCGGGAGAGCCGAUCUUUGUCGCCAACCCAAAUGGCACAAAGGAGGAUGACGGCGUGCUUCUUAGCGUGGUACUUGAUGGUCAGCGAGGAACGAGCUAUCUACUCUGUCUUGACGCUCAAAAUCUGAGCGAGUUGGGUCGGGCGCAUGUUGAUGGGGUGGUUGGGUUUGGAUUUCAUGGACAGCAUAUCCCUACUGUUGGCCUACCUACUGGUGAUUACUAG